AUGUUUUUGUUCAGUUUUAUUACUAUCUCAAAUAUAAGACAAACUAUUCCACGUCAAAUUCAACCUAUACCUCUAAGUAUAAUAAAUCAAAGUGUUCCUAUAGCAAGACAAUCUCAAACAUUUGAAAAAACUGAACAUUUACUUUUGACGCUUUUCAUUCAGGUGAUUUCAUUGAUAUUAUUUUCUCUGCCACAAGUUAUUCAAAGUCUUUACACAAAUAUCAGUCGAUUUCAAAUGCGACCUUCAUUACAAAAUGCAACUAACAAUUUUAUGUUUCAUUUAUUUCUUCUGUUAACUUAUGUUACUAAUGGAAUACCACUGUAUCUUUAUACAUUGUCUGGUGGACAAGUUUUUCGAAAAGCAUUAUAUUAUUUAAUCAGAAACUUCAUUGAAGUAAUCGCAUGUCGACGAAGAUGGCAUUCUCUCCUGUGA